UUACCAAAUCACAUGUAGUUGGUGAUUAAUCUACGCCGUAGUUGAUGAUAGUCUACCUGCAUACAAACCAACCCUUAAACGAACCAAAAAAAAUUUUUUUUUCAAAGUGAAUAAUUUUGAUGUAAGAAGUUACACUUUUCAGAGUCAUACACUUUGGUUUCAAUCAACACAUUCUAUAUAGAUAACAUCAAAUCCUCUUAUCAGGCUUUAUCUAUAUACAAUCAACACACUUAUUGAAACAAAACUCAGGUCAUAAAACACCAUUUUGCAACUGACGCACCAACGCCAAUUAAAUCAAAUCAUUAAAAAUGGCACCAAAAAAGGGUAUUAAGAUGGACAUUGGUUCCUUCUUGGCUGACGAAUCGCUCGGUGGAAGCUCAUGGGCUGACGAAGAAGUCGAUUUGACUUCUAUCGAAGCCACUUUCAACAAGUCCAGCACUGCUGCACCUAUCGGCGGUGGUAGCUCUGCUGCUUCUUCUGGUUGGGGCGCUUCUGAGACUGGAUCGUCUGGAUUUGAAAAGCGCGAAAGAAAAGAAUUCCCUAUUCCUGACCAAGCUCCUUUCAGAGCUCGUGUUGGUAAUUUACCUUGGGACGGUAUUGCCGAAGAUGACGUUGUCAGAUACUUUGAAGGCAGAAUGCAAGCUCAAGAUAUUAUUUCUGAUGUUAAGUUGCCAACUGACAGAGAAACUGGUAAAUUGAGAGGUUUCGCCUUUGUCACCUUCAAUGAACGUGCCAUGUUGGAAGAAUCCUUAAACUUGAACUUGAGUGAAUUCAACGGAAGAAGAAUUUUCGUUAACGUGGCUGCUCCUCUUAAGGGUGGUGAAGAUGGUGACUGGAAACGUAGUGGCCCAUUAGGUGGCAGAAGAGAAGAACCUAACUUAGAUUGGGGUUCAGCUAGAAACUCCCAAGCUGCCUUGCCACCAAGAGAAAGAUCCUUUAGAGAAAGAGGUGACAGACCAGAAAGAAGUGAAAGACCACCAAGAAAGGAAGAACCAGAUUUAGAUUGGGGUUCUGCCAGAACCAGCCAUGUUUCCUUACCACCAAGAGAAAGAUCAUUUAGAGGUGAACGCGGGGACAGAGGUGACAGACCAGAAAGAACCCCAAAGAAGGAAGAACCAGAUUUGGACUGGGGUGCUGCUAGAACUUCGCAUGCCACUUUGCCACCAAGAGAAAGAUCCUUCAGAGGUGAAAGAUCAGAAAGACCACCAAGAAAAGAAGAACCAGAGUUUGACUGGGGUUCAGCCAGAUCCGGUCAUGGCACAUUACCACCAAGAGAAAGAAGCAAUAGACACAAGAAAGAAGAACCAGAAUUAGACUGGAAGAGAGGUCAAGCUUUACAACCACGUACUCCAAAAUCAAACAAGAAGGCCGAAGAAAAGAAAGCCUCUGAUCAACCAAAACCUCAACAAUCCUCCUACAGUGUGUUGGCUGGUCUUGAAGGUGAUGACGAUUCCGAAGAAGAAGAACAACAACAACAACAACAACAACAAAAGCCAGUUGAACAAGAAGUUGCUCAAUUGGAAUCUGCUACUGCCAACUUGUCUGUGUCCGAAGCCAAGGAAGACGCCGAAGGUUGGGAAGUUGUUGGCAAGUAAAUUUAAUUUACCUUUGCAUUUUGUAUAGUACAAGACACAAAUACGUUUUACUGUUUAUUUUUAUAGAAAUUUACUCAUAGGUUUCCUUCAGUGUGUAUGUUUAAUUAUUGAUCGAGUUAU